UUUAAACUAUUUGCAAAUGGGCGGAAUAUUUGGUUCGUCUAGGUCACCUGUCUUAGGACUGUUAAUUCCUUUAUGUUACUAGUCACCAUGUCAUAUUAAUCACUUCAUUUCUCUACAAGUGGUCUAGAAAAUCUUGCAUAUUUUUUUCGACAUGCCUGCGUUGACUUUCUUGGGUAGGACAUGGUCUUUCGCGUCCGACGACUUUGUUUGUACUGGUAUUGUUAACUUUUUAUUGAGGAUAUUGUGCGUUUUCAUCAUGGUUAUGCCGCUCACGAUAGCCAACGAUCCAACUGUUUGUCUUCCAAAUGUAAUAGACAAGAUUUUCUGUGUGCUUCUGUUUCUUAUAAUGGGAGCUUUACUGAUUUUUGACGCAGCACUAUCAUUUUCAAGCAGCAAAGGUGGAGUGAUGGAAACCAGUUUGCGUUCACCUGUCCCUUUUUACCUCGGGGCAGUUUGCAUAUUUUCCUUUGUAUCGUCAGUGCUGCAUUGUGUUAACUUGUAUUUAGUUGUUAAUAAAUACACGUUGUGUGAAAAACAGGUUGUUGAUUGCUAUAUAGCAGGGAACGCCAUUGCGGUAGCUCAUGUGAUUGGUUUCUACUUUUUUCUAAUGUUACACUAUCGUAAGGCUGGUGCCUUUUGGAGCCGAUUGACUAACGACCCUACUGUAUUCAAGCAGGGUUGUCUGAAUCCAAAUGUUAAUCUUUCCACGAAGCAGUUAGUGAUGCUUAAGCGAAGAAAGGCUGUUCAACGGAAGUUGGAAUGUUUACGGGCCUUUCGUCGCCUUUUUUUUUGUAAAACUGAUCGGUCGACAAUGCAAACUGAUAAGACAAUAAUCACUUCUGCAGCGGCUUUGUUUUCAGAUAUAUUUUACGAUGUAGACUUAGUCGCAAGUGAUAUAGUCGCAGGCCUCUUUCUUCUACGAUGGCAAACUAAACAGUGGGUUGGUACCGGUCAUCGUAUUCCUUUAAGCUUAAUAUAUCAAGAUACUUCUCCUUCGGAUUUAAACGUUGAUAUCUUGGUGAAAGGUGACCAGAUUCCGGAUCCAUGGCUCGGUAUUCAAAGAAUAUAUCGAAUUGCCGAAUUAGUAACUGCAGUCUACGGAAAGUUAUUAUACUAUAGCAUGAAUCUUGGUAAACCAGGUGCCACUUGUAGACUGCUUCAUCAUUUACCUUGUUGUUUAAAUUCUUGUAAUCCUGUAUCAUCUGGAAAUACAAAACUUAGUUGUUGUAUUUGCUCAAAAUAUACAUGCGAUCUGGCAGCUAUACUCGAGUUCACUUGUUUAAGAGAAGAUCAGUUUAUUAAACUGUCUUAUGAUAAUUCAGUUUACCAAUCUCCUUACUUUGUAGCAGUCGAUGAUUUUAGUAAAUGUAUUGUUAUCUCUAUCCGUGGUACUUUGUCGUUCGAUGACACUAUAGUCGACUUGCUGUACGAUGGUGUACGAUUGAGUGAAGUUGAAGAUUUUGUCGAAUCAAAAGCGGGUAGACGACCAUGUUUUAUUGGACAUCGCGGUAUGGUAGAACGAUCAAGACAUUUAUACAGUUGUUUACUAACUGAUCAUUCAAUUGAAACGGCAUUUAGUAAAAAACCACAAUAUAAAUUAGUGGUAUGUGGUCAUAGUCUGGGUGCUGGCAUUGCAUCUUUUCUUUCGGUCAUCCUACACUGUAAAUAUCCUGAUGUGAAAGGUUAUGCUUUCAGUGCACCUUUGGGUAUGAUGAAUCAAGAACUAGCCGACUAUUGUAAACCUUUUCUAUUAUCCAUCAUCUAUGGAUACGACAUUUUCGCACGUAUGAAUAAAUCAACGAUAUCGGAUUUCAAGUGGAGACUAAUUGAUGCUUUAUCUGCUUGUAAAGUACCCAAGCAUCGUCUUUUAAGUCGGGGAUUAUUUGUAUGCAUGCGCCGUUGUUUGUUUAAAUGGUGUUUACCUCAAUGUUUUCAACCAGAAUCUUCCACAACUGUUGGUAGUGAUACUCUGCUACUGGAUGCAAGCACUCAAGAGCGUUUAAUUUACUCCCUUCCACAAAUUCCGUGUGAUGAUGACGAAAUGCGAAUUCGGUUCUCAGUAGAUGAUGAUACUUCUAAUUCAGAUUCCACAAGUGCUUAUUGUACUGCACGAUCCAGUCGUUUUCGUCCUGGUCCACGUUCAAUUUUGUGCUGGAUCAAUCCUAAUAGUCUUCCAACAGAUUCCCAAUCUAAAAUGCCUGUUUCACAUGUUCAAUAUCCAAACAAUAACAAUACUGAAAUAAAUUCGUGCUCUUCUAAUGAAAUUCAGUCGCGUGAUCUUGAAUCAUAUGAUCUAUCUAACAGUGUGUUUGGUGGUUUAGUGCUUCAUUUAGUCGAUGUUAAGGUUGAUACAGUUGUCGAUGACAGUUCUACUGGUUUCGUGAUAGAUGGAAAUAAUUCUCAAGGAAAUAUCGAAUGCACUUCACCAAAUUGUAGUUCUAGAGUGGAAAAGAUGUUUUCAGCAAAGUGUGGUAAAAUGGGUGCAUGGUACGUUUUUGUAAAUGACUUCUCUCGUAUAACUGUAUAUAAUUAAAUGGAAUGAUCAUUAUUUGUGCUAGGACUAUUAGUCGUAAUCAUUUACAAGAAAAUUAGUGCACGUGUUAUUGAUUCCCAACAGUCAAUAAUUUCUUCUACAAAACUAAUGCAUCUCACAUAGGAGGUAAACACUUGUCCUGCGUUAUCUAAACUUGAUUUCUAUUUUUAAUAGAACGGUUGCAAAUAUCUAUUAUUUAAUCUUUUUUUGGGAUGAUGGGUCCCGUAUUUACAGUUAUUUUUUAUGCUAAGAAUCCUAAGUCAUGAACGUUUUAGAAAUUGGAUAGUUCCAAUGUUCACUGUAUAUAUCAGACAAUAUUUCAGUGAUAAAGCAGUUUUUAUUUUAAACUAUUGACAAAUUAAACAGUUAAAUAUGGAAAAUAAUUAUUUUCAUUUUACGAAGAAAAUGAUUUUCAGUCUAAAACAGAAGUACGUCUUCUGUCAUCCCUAACUUUUAUGUGUUCUCUUUUAUUAAAUCAUUAAGUAUUUCUUAAUAUGCUUUUAGCUCCAUUUUAUAGCUUGGACAGCAGAAAUCACGUGACUACAGACAUUUAUCCGACCAGCGGUCAUAGCAAAUGUGAUAUUAAGGUUAAAUACAUUAAUAUAUUUUCAGUCAUUAAACUCUUGAAAUGAUAGUGAAGAAGUACUUUUUUCUCAUCAUUGUCUGUUUAAAUCAUGUAUAACAGAUAAAUCGUAACCAUCAACCCCUAUUCUCGAAACAAAUGUUAACCUGAUGGCGCUGUAUUUCAUAGAAGAACUAAUCAGUUAGCUCCCCUCGUAUUUUUGAGCGAAAUCAGUCAUCGACAUGGCUACAUAGCAUUUUACAUUAUACUUGUGUCAGUUUGUGAUGAGAACCCAAAGCCUAAACACUUAACCGCAACUGAGAACAAUCUGGUGACUUAAAAGUGUUUGGUUCCUUUUAAGGGUCCUAGAAAAUGGAAAAUCCAUGGAUGAGUUGAUAUGUCGUCGUUCUUUUGAAUCUAAACCAGAGUAAGUCGUAGAAGAAAUUAAUAAUUAUAUUAUUUAUGUAAAAUCUAGGCAAGACUAUGCUAUACCGAAGACCUACAGUGAAUUUAUGGGUGGCCUUGAGAGUAGCCAAUCAAAAUACAGCUUUCGUAUUUGACUUUCAAAAUGUUGGAAAACGAUAGGAUUACAGAAGGUUGAGAGUUAAAAUCAUAAAUAAACUUAUCAAUGCUAAAUAUCGUUAAUUCAAGCUAGAUAUCAUAGUUCUGUUAUCAGAAUAGACCCUAAUUCGUAGCCCUAUGUUAAUUAAAUGCUAACGACCCUAUAACUCCUAGGUACCAGAUUUUAACCCUAAAGCUUCUAAACACCAACGCCCAACCUUCACACUCAUAAUCCAAACAAACUGACGUUGAUAGCUCAUUCUAUAAGGUAAUCACCAUCCAGUCUUUUCAAAAUUCGAAAUAUAAUAAAAAUCACGAGAUUUAUAAGCAAGAUAUCCCCAACAGCGUUUUAAAUUCGCACAUCAGCCCGCUUAAUUGUGAUUGAUCGCUAAAGGUCGUCUAUGUGGUGUAGUCUUACCACGUCAUAAAAAGUAAACGUGAUAGGUAAUACUGGAAUAAAUAACAGUUAGUUCAAUCAAGAUAACCUAGAAUAUUUUUUUUCUCCUUGCUACAAAGCAUAUAAUAUUAUUGCUUGUUUUCAAAAUAUUUAUUUACUCAUUCAAAUACAAGUAUGUGUACAAACGGAUGCCAAAAUGUAUAUUCUCCACACAGUAAAAAGCAGAUUAUAAAGAAAUAGAAGAAGAAAGGUGAGUAUAAUAAGAGAGGGAACAAAACUUAAUAAAAAAUAGUGAAUGACAGCAGAAAAGAUGGAAAAGGCAGUUCGUUUUAUAAAAAUACAACUAGGAAGGGAACCUUCAGUCAAAGACGUUCGUCUCACUCUUAUGUAAAGAGUAAAAGAAUAUUACAGCAGGAUCGUCGCUGCAUGUUGUUAUGAAUCAAUGUCUGGUAAGGUAUCAGGUCACUGUGUUGCGCUAUCGUUAGGACCUUAAUAAGGGAGUCGUGAAGGACCAAUGGAUUUUAGUCUCGUACAGCUUUCUUUCACACCAUAAUAACUUCAGCAAGAUUAUCUCAGGUGUUAAUAGAUAUAUGCAGGCGAAUGUCACUUUCCGGUCACCCAGACCGCGGAAAGAUAUUUGUUCUUGAGGGACCUGAAAAAGAAGCUGGAUUAGUGGUGGUCUUAGUAACCUGGGAGCAUGACUGCAGAGCCCUAGGAAUAACUCCUUGAGGCCGGUCACGCAUGGCCUUUUUAUGGGAAGUUUUAACGUGUUAGCUCCGGUGAGGUGUGACAUUUCUAGGGUCGACCUUUUCUAAUCCCUUCCUUCCUUAUGAGAGGGCAGCAUCACUGCAGAUGCUGGUUGUCCGAGGGAAACACCUUACUGCUGUUAUACCCCUCUACAGGCAUCAGUACGAAUUCGCCCUCAGACCUUGAGUUGCUGCUUUUAUUCUUACCGUUCUCUAAUCGACCUGUCUGGCAUGAUAGGACCUAUAGGAACAUAUGUUCCAGCCAAUAUAGCUCUGUUGAGUUAUCAAGAUAGGCAUACUCGACCACUACGUUAAGGUAUCAGUUACGGUCAGGAAAUUUAUAUAUAUAUCUAUAUAUAUCCUUUUCAGCCGUACCCUCGAUACCUAAUCUAUUCUAUUGCCAUCGAUACUGUUGCUACCUCUACUGUUCUGGGAUUUGGCCUGACAACUUCAUCUCUCUGUGCUAACGGAGUAUGGCAACUUGAACCGAUAUACAUCAGUACAAAUUCUACUUCGUGACUGACUGAUACCAUGGUAUCGUCUCAUAUACUGACCACUUCUUCUUUUUCUAAUUAGUCGCAGUAUCGGCAAACAAGGGACGAUGUGGAAUUCUCUGGGAUGACAUUCAUAAUGGACGUCUAAGUCACCGACAUCAGUGUUACAAGAUGGUGACACCAACUGGAUUAUAUUUGUUGUACUCGAACACAUGUCACUAAACUUUCACAUUACUAGCAAAGUAUUGCCACUAAAUCUCAACAAUCCGUUGCAGAUAAGAAUGAUCAAACACAGAGAAUCACUCAACAUCUUCAACUUAGAGACUACGUCUCAAAAGCCGGACACAAUAUCGAACUUUCGACUGUAAUUAAUAUGUGACAGCCAGUCAUAAUUUGUCACUCCACCCCGUAAAUAAAGCGGGUUUGAAAUCUAGAAUAUAGUUUAUUUAAUUUGAAUACCUUAUCUGCUAAACCUUCGCUCUUAUAUAUUAUAUUAAAAAGGAUUCGAAUAUUUUAAUCUACUCUGUCCCCGAACAAUUCCGAUUCUACUUUUCUAUUAAGUGUUGUUAGAAAACUUUAAAAUAGACUUAAGACAAACUUCAUUAUCAAUAAUUAAAGUGUAUUUAUAAUAGAAAUACUAUUUCGUUGAUAAAUUGUAGCUCAAGUCCUCUUUUUAAUUCACGUUAACUUGAAAUUGUCUUGAAAGUAGGUUUAUUUUUAUCAUACUUUUUCAUUUCAUCGUUAGCCAUGCAAUGAAUUCAAGAGUACAAUUUUAACAUCUUCCAGUUGCUCAAAAUUUUAGGUAAUAAUAAUAAGCAAUUUUCUCAUGUUUUAGUGAGACUAUGAUUGAUGGACGACAUUUGAACAGCGUUAAAAUGACCUUGGAAUGUCUACCCACUUACUAGGGCCAAAUAAGGGUUAUAGAUUAGUGUAAGAAAUUAGGAUUUACAGUUGAACGUUAGGGUUAGGAACUAGAUUUAAUGUUUUCAUCACUAUCCGACGUCAGCAACAAUGCCAAAAUGAUAUUUUACCAAAUGAGUGAAUGAAUUUCACGCCGAAAUUCAAGACCUGCUAUUUAAAAUUUGAUUAGUUCGUUCAUAAAAUAAUGUUUUAUAAGCAACAUAGUGAAUUAAUUAUCUAAAUAACCAACCAUCUUGUAAUUUCUUAUUUGAAUUAUUUACUAUAAUUCAUCUUGUUAUAUGUCAGUUUUAACAUAUAUUUCACACCACGUUCUUUCCUAAUUUUCACUGCAUUUAAUUUGCUUAAUCAUCCCAGCGAUUUUCUAUAGCUAUCUGUGCAUAUCUCUAAGAUUAUCUGGUUUAGUAAAUAUCGAUGCUACAACGGCCUGAAAAUACUUUCAGUUGAUAUCAUAUAUAUAUAUAUACGUGUAUCCAUUGUUUGUCUAAAUUUUCCCCCUUAAUAACGAUAGUACUUGUGUGUAAAAGAUAAUUGGGUAUGAGUUCUUCGGACAACAGAAUAAUCAUUUAUUCAAGGCCUUAAUAUUAAGUAUAUUUUCAUUCAGUUAUAUCUCAAUCUUCGAACUUGGUGUUAGUUCUCAAUGUGACCUAUUGUCAAGAAUUGGUAAAAGGUCUUAUAUCUUGAAGACAUAUAUGAAGUCAAAUUCUCGAUUUUGAUGUUCCGUACUUUUGGUUAUAAUGUGCAAUAAAAAAUUGUUUGACUGUCCAUUAACAGAUUGAACCACAGUGUAUUUUUUAAGAUUUGAACAGGAUGUAUUUAGCACUUACGCACUGCUACACAUUACUUCUGAUUGACAACAAUCGCCCACCUUUCAACCAAAUGAUUAUUACAGGUAAGACCAAGAUUUAUUUACUUUUGAUUAUAAUCAACGAUGCACUAAAUGUAAUCAGGAUUCGCCUAAAAAUCAAUUCUCACUAUUUCAGAGUGUAUACUACGAUCACCAUUUUUGUUUAAGCUUCUUAUAACCAUAUUCAAGUAUACAUGAAUCAUUUCUUCAUUGGCGCCUUAUCUUUGAGAUGUCUCAUUGCUCCUCCUGUGUUUUUUUAUAUUUCAUUUGGUGUACUUCUAGUUGUGUUAAACCUCGUAAAUUGGGGAAAACGAUAGUUGGUGUCUGGUCGAACCCACAACAAUUUCAAACGAUUCUAAUCCACCCGAAAAUGUUAAGUCAUCAUUUGCCAGAUCGAAUUUUGGAAGCAGUAAGUUGCCUACAUCAAGAGUUACUUUCGGAAUCAGCAAACUCUUUAGAUAAUAAUGAUAUCCUAAACAGUUUAAAAUCAUCCGGUUAUAUACGAAAGUUGAAAAAUACUUCUUAAUGUCGUGUUUUACCCCCAUUAUCAUUCCAGCAAGCGAAAUUAUUCAUUUUUACUGUCAUUCGAUUCAAAUAUGUACCAUCCACUAAUAUCAUUCUUUGACAUCCGUUUAAUUUCAUUCCAUUUUUUGAUUUUAGUAUUGUAAAUCUAUAGUUUUUACUCUUUUGGGUUACCUUCAUGUAAUGCUUCUAUGAACCAUAUAUUUUUUAUUGGUACGUUGUAUGCAAAUAACGUUUCUCUCUUUCUCUUCUGUGACAUAACUGAAAUUAAACUGAAAAGAUAUCUUAACAAGAAAAGCAUCAAGAGUAGGUUGGUUUUUUGUCUUAAAACUUAUUGUGAACAUGUGCAAAAUUUGUUUUUCACCCACUUAAAAAUAUGAAUUAUUUUUGGAGUCCCGAGCUUUAGGUGUUUGUUUGAAGAGUUCUAAACAGGCCAACCCUUCAAAAUUUCUUCAACUGCUUCUACAAACACUUUUUUCAAGCCUAAUGAAUAAUACGUCUUUUUAUCUUAUUUGUUUUAUGAAAGUCUUUUUUACUCACUUUUUGCAUCCAUGUCUUUUCAUUUACGAAAAUCAUCGUUAUUAUCCGUAUGUUAGCAAGUAUUUGAAGACUACGGAUUUCCUAAGUGAUUUAUUACCUUCUAGCGUAGUUGGCUGAUAGUAUUUGUUUUCCCUUGAAACUUAUUAACAGACAGUUAUUUCAAUUUAAGUGACAGAUAAAUCAUACUCAUUAGUAAUAAUUUGUAUAAACACAUUAUACAUAGCUGUGAUUUUGAUUAGUCUUUCGGGGAUCAUACACGGACAGCUCAUCUGUUUCUCUUAUUUCACGGUAACAAUUAUUAAUUAUUGUACUUACUAGUGUUUUUUUAAAUGGCAAGUCUUUGCUCUCCUCUUAAAGUACUUUUAUUAUGUACUAGUUUUUUAUCAUUCGUGAAUAUACAUCUAUUUUUUGUUCAGUUUAAUAUUAAAACUGCUUGAUUUUAUAUCACUUUUUAUAUAAAAGAUUGUUAAUGUCCUUGACUAUAUAUUAUUUCAGGUCACAA